GUGUUGCUCGAUGUCUCUUACCCGCAUACGACUGGGCUCGACAGAUCCUCCGUUGAAGGCCUGGUUCAGUGUGCCAUCCCACGUCGCCACCGUUAGAGAUCUCAAGAAGAGUCUAUGCUCGAAUCUGGAGGUCUUGGAAGAUGUCGCGCCCGACAGCAUCAUUCUGCUCUUGGACGAGUUCGAGGUGCUGGAUGAUAGCCCGAUCAAUGUGCUCAGGGACGGAGACUUACUUCUGUUGCAAUAUCGGCCUGCAAAGGUUGCUGCCAACGUCGUGAAACGUAAGGCCGUGGAUGCAGAGGAUUCUUCUCGAAAGAAACGAAAGUACGAAUCGACCGAAGAGAAGACGGCCCCUCCGGUUUCCGCGGAACCUAAACCCAAGCGUUCGUAUUCGUCUCGCGUAGCCGCAUCCCGGCUACCUAAGCCAGCCAGUCCUCCCACCAGCUCGACAUCCGAUUCUGAGGAUUCCUCCAACUCGGACUCUGAUAGCGCCGCGACCUCGUCUUCAUCGUCUGAUUCUGAUGAUGACUCUGACUCAGAUACGACAGAUUCCGAUACAGACACGGACUCGUCACCUUCGGAGGACGAGGCUACUCGUCCCAGCACUAACGGAGCUAGCUCUGCUAGGGCACCCAAGCCUAAUGGCGUGAAGACGAGCACGUCCCAACCGCCAGUCCCUCCCGGCCACGGCAAGCCGCAGACGAAAAACCGCAACCUCCGCCGGCGACGCAGAAAGCAGUACGAGCGUGCUUCUCAGUCCUUGCCCCCGGCAUCAUCCUCCCUCUCAGGACCCAACGCUGUCCCGGUAGGACCUGCAUUCCCACCGCCCGUCAACGGACGUCAGCACGCCGCGGAUGAUAGGGGAUCAGAUAUUUCCACCCCGGUGGAGAGAGCGAAUCUGAUGGCGCUGUCUCUGAGCAACAAAAAUAAACGGAAGGGCUUCAAGUCGCACCUUCACGAUGAGAUACCGCAAAAGAUCGUCUUUGCCGCUGAUGCGAACCGCGCAGGUUCGGCACCUGUCGCAGGUCCCUCAACCUCCCCCUCUGGGCCGGAAGCCCACGCCCCGGAUGACCAACACCCUAGUCGACCAGCACCUCGCCUGAUCCCGCCCUCGGAGCGACAAGAGCGCGGCGAGCUCCCGCCUAACAUAUUCGUGACCAGCGUUGAUGUCGAGGAGGGUCUGUGGAACGGGAAAAAGCGGGGGAAGAGCAAGAAAAAGAAGCAGGCGGAUGCGGACGAAUGGGUCGAGGAGACUACCGACUGGCUCGAUUACGGGGAUUCAGAGAGACAGCAGGCAGACGUGGAGGAAAAUGUAGCAGAUCAGCGUCCGCGGCAGGACGUGGCGGGGGUGCAGUGGGAGGAUAUUGAGAGGAGAUGGGAUACACUAACCCGUGUGACUGACAAGAGUCAGUUACGUCCCGGACUUUUGCUCGGCUGGAAGGCUCUCGAUAUCAAUCCCGCGACUCUCACACCGGAGAUGCUUCUCAAUGUGGCUCGCCUAGUGUGCUUUGAAGGAGAUAAGCUUACUAUUCAGCCUCUCCUCCGUCCUGUUGCGACUUCUGUCUCCUUCGGAGGUGUAGUGGAAGGUGAAUCAGAUCCGGAUGUGAUUCCAGAGGAGGAAAUCAGAGACUACAGUGAUGUGCUUUCAUCUGAGUGGAGAAUGGUAGGAUGAUAUGUUGAGUUUGUGCUAGUGUGAUGCUCCCAGACUAUCAGAUGCUGC